GCUUCACGAUGCUCGCAGCCGCUCCAGAGUAGACCCAACCCGGCCACACAUCCACGAGUUCCCCAGCAGAGCCUCCCUGGACUCGUUUUCCCAGCAUGCCCGAGCAGAGUAAUGACUACAGCGUGGUGGUGUUUGGGGCGGGGGGAGUGGGGAAGAGUUCUCUGGUUCUGCGCUUCGUCAAAGGAACUUUCAGAGACACGUACAUCCCCACAGUGGAGGACACCUACAGACAGGUGAUCAGUUGUGAUAAGAGUGUGUGCACUCUUCAGAUCACAGACACUACGGGGAGUCACCAGUUCCCGGCGAUGCAGCGUCUGUCCAUCUCCAAAGGCCACGCCUUCGUCCUGGUUUACUCCAUCACGAGCCGCCAGUCCCUGGAGGAGCUGAAGCCCAUUUACCAGCAGAUCGUGUCGAUCAAAGGCAGUGUGGAGUCCAUUCCGAUUAUGCUGGUGGGGAACAAAAGUGAUGAGAUUUCUCAGCGUGAGGUGGAGCAGAAUCAGGGCGAGGCUCAGGCCAAACUGUGGAAAUGCGCCUUCAUGGAAACGUCGGCCAAAACCAACCACAACGUCACCGAACUGUUUCAGGAGCUGCUGUCGCUCGAGAAGAAGCGCGACAUGAGUCUGAGCAUCGACGGCAAACGCGGCGGCAAACAGACGCGCGCCGACAAACUGAAGGGCAAGUGCAGCGUCAUGUGAGAGGGACG